AUGCGUUUGUCUCGGUGUCCCUCAAUGAUGUUAGUGGCAACAACACUACCCGGAUGGAAAGAUGCUUUCGAUUUCCAACGAGCCCAGUUUCUACAGAAGCAUUUUAGAUCCGAUCUGUUCAAACCAAAACUUUUUCAUUGUGUCCGCUUGCCGGGAGUCGCCGAAAAGGAAGUUCCACUGAGUCAGAAGGUGUUCCAAAUCAACUCUAAGCAGGAAUAUGUGGAUGCAGAAGGGCCCAAGGAAAUCAGAAAGGCGAAGAGUGUUCUGAUGGUGGUGCCUUUCACUACGGAAGAGACGGAAAUUGAGUCAUGGAAUAGAUACAUCCAAAAAGUCGAUUCUAAGGUGGAGAUUUGGCUGGUGCCAUCACCCAGGAUGGAUCUGAAUGCUGGAAGAAUAGUGACAUUUGGGAAUUUGUUGUCUCAAAUGCAACGAGGAGACGGUGGACCUUUACAUGUAUUCUCCCCUGAUGAUCAGAAUAAGGAACAUCCCCUGUGGAGCAUUGCAUUCAACAAGAAUUUCCGUGAUUACUGGAGGAACGUGAAGGCGAUAGCCGAUGCCAAGAAACUCAGGUGGCCUGGAUUCCAUGUGGAUGAUAAGGUGGAUCGCAAGCCAGAAGAUGCCGCAACGGCUUCUACCAGCUCUUCCUCGCGAAAAAUCGAUCGCCCGACCUCUUCCAAUUGCCCCAGAUAUCAACUUUAUAUCACAACCACAAUGCAGAAGGCUGGAAAAGGAAGAUAUCAGCAUCAAUAG